AUGAAGCGAGAAAACUGGUUUCCUACUACAGCCAGUUACCUCUGUUCAGCUCAUUUUGAAGAGAAAUAUAUGUACCACACAAAUGUCCAGAGGCUUCUUUUGUCAAAACCAGUACCUACUAUCUUUAACUUUCCACCACAUUUACAAAAGCAAGAUAAAGUAUUACGACCACAACCCAGAAAGCGAUCUUUCGACAAUUUGCAAGAUAGUGCUAUUACAGUGACAUCAUUAGCACAAAUGCCUGUCGGACCGACAUCUGAUUCUGCUGACCACAAUUACUGUCUACCAAGCCUUAAGAAGUUGAAAACACAAUAUAACAGAGUACAAGCAGAGAAUGUGCGACUAAAGGAGCGGAUAAAGCAAAUGAAGCACAAAAGAAGACUAGUGCAGUUACAGACUUUAGUUGCCGGUUUGAGAAGAAGGCUAUGUAGUUCAGUUUCUGAUAUGUUAAACAGUGAACAUGUAGUUGGUUUGUUGAAGGAGCUAUUGGAACUUCAGUGCAGUGCUAAACUGCAACAGUAUGGCUCAUUUGUGCAGCAGCAACUUUUACCUUCAUUUUGA